AUGCCAUCCGACACGUCAGCAGCUAUUGGAGAGUACCUCCUCAAGGGUUGGGCAAUGCUCGGUGAAUCCUGUCCACAAUGCUGCAUCCCCCUUAUGCGGAGUCCUGAUCGAGUGAAGAUGAUGUGUGUUGGUUGCCAUACUGAAUGGCCCACUGAUGAGGCACCGAAAAUCAAUAACGGUAUUCCCCAGCAGUCAACAAGUCCGGUCGAGCAGAGGGAAGAGAAAUUGCAGCAGUCGGCGUGCACUGACAAGGCUGAUUCUGUUGAAGUGAAAACUGAAGAAAAGUCCACAGGAUGGAGGCGAACAGCGACUGGUGAGUUGCCUCAUCUUUAUCGCAUACGAGGGAAGAACGUUUGUGUGAUUGAAUGCCUUCCAGAGUCUCUUGAGAAGAAGAUGAAUUACCUUUCGAAGAGGCUAGACGAUGCUGUUGAUAUUGGCUCGAUCGACCGUAUUAUAGCGGCCAUGGGAAGUUGCUCCGAGAUGAUUGAUAGGUUGUCCAAACACUGA